CAGAGUCGACAAGAUUCAGUUGCAGAUCCGCUCUGGCCUGACACGAACUGCACAAAACUCUUUUAACCGAACCUCAUUUCAUUUCACACUGCUGGAUUAGUUGGGCUGGUGUUUAACCGGAUUCCGGUUUACUGGCAAUCCUCUCAUCCGCUAAUCCAUUAUCCACCUUAAUCUCUGUUCAUUCAUACGCACAAAUUGGAGCACAGAAAGGUCGUCUUGGGAAAAGGGGUCUCACUUUAGCAUCUCGUAAGUAAAUGCAUGGUCGAUAUGCACUCCCGUGUGGAGUAAGUGCGAUCUGGAAAUCUUCUCUUACUUAAAGACGACUCAAGUCUCACUCCAGUCUCAGUCGAUGCCCAUUUUGCUGCCGAAAAGGUCAAGACGUUGUUGAGACAGGGCAGAAUGGCUUCAAGAGGCCAGAGUAGCAGCUGAAGAGAUUUAACGCCGUCAACUCAAGGUGGAUAUUUCCAUCUCAAAUCUCACUUUACAUAAUAAUUAUUAAAAGAAAAGUGAACACAACGGCGGUGUUGUUAAGAAUAAUUUGAGAAAAGUGGCAGAACCAAGAACAACGAUUUGCUUUAUGGAUAGUGACCGUAAAAUAUUGACAAAAUAUCGACGUAUCAAGGUGAGAAGUUGCAUGUGCAAGCUGUGUUUUGUUUAUGUGAAACUGAUACCAUUACACCAAACAUGUUGAACUAAUGAUCUUCACAACCACGUGAAAUAAGGACAAAAUAUAACCUUUCUUCCAAAUAAAAAUUAUGCUGUUGGUGAUUCAGGCCAAACCUUUUUCAAAUCGUUGAGAGUGUGGUACAAAAAAGUAAUUUGAUUCGUGUGGAGAAAGCGGAUCAAGCCAAGUCUUCUGAAGGGUAGUGAAAACUCUAAUCAAAACGGUAAUGAAACUAAUUAAAAAUCACUGCAUGAUUUUUUCUCCAUAUAAACCAACAAAUCUGUCGUGAGUCAAGUAGUGUUCGAGAGACGAGGAUAGAGUUACAUUCCAAUUGAGUGUGAUCGAUGAAAAUUCACACAUUGGACUAAAACUAAAACGGUCGAUAAAACAUUCAAUUUUACGCCAUUGCAAAGAAUCCGAUUUAUCAAGAAGACAAACUCAACUCAUCGCAGUGUGAUCACUUCUUUUUGGCAGACGUCCCAAAACCUUUGACUUGUGUAAUGUGGAGAAUUGCUCUUAAUCGGGGAACAAUUACUACAUAACUGAGGACAAAAAAGUAUUCGUUUUUUCCUCCUGGUGACUAUAUUCCCCUGUGAUGAUUCUGGGCAAUAUGGGCGACGGUGGUGGGGGGCUCUUGUCCAGCCACAAUCUCAUGGGAGGAAGCUGCCUCCCUUCCGUCACGUCCGUGGGGUCACUCAGCCUUGGACCUCCCUCCCCAAACCCAAUCCUACCCUCAUUCGGAUUCACACAAGAACAGGUGGCUUGUGUGUGCGAAGUUUUGCAACAAUCAGGAAAUAUGGAACGCCUCGCUAGAUUUCUGUGGUCCCUUCCAAGCUGUGAGAAAUUGCAAAAGAACGAGAGUGUACUGAAGGCCAGAGCAGUCGUUGCUUUCCACCGAGGAAAUUUCAAGGAACUUUACAAAAUUCUGGAAUCUCACCAAUUUUCUCCUCAUAAUCAUCCCAAGCUCCAAGCUCUCUGGUUGAAGGCGCACUACAUCGAAGCUGAGAAAUUGAGGGGACGACCACUUGGGGCAGUGGGCAAGUACCGUGUGCGGAGGAAGUUCCCAUUACCAAGGACAAUUUGGGAUGGCGAAGAGACGAGCUAUUGCUUUAAGGAAAAGUCGAGAACCAUUUUGCGAGACUGGUACACCCACAAUCCUUAUCCAUCUCCGAGAGAAAAGCGGGAACUGGCGGAGGCGACGGGCUUAACGACAACUCAGGUUAGCAAUUGGUUCAAAAAUAGACGCCAACGGGACAGAGCAGCCGAGCAGAAAGACGGGCCUCCAAGGUCAGAGGAUGGAAGCAGUGGGAAGAAACUGACCCAUUCCGGUCUGGGUUCUCCCGAUGGUGACUCCAGCUCUGGAGAAAGUCAAGACGAGAAGCCAUCCAUGAUUGAUUCCUCCGGAUUCCUUCAUCACCACCAUCACCACCACCACCACCAGCUCGGACUCAAUCAAAACCAAAAAUCAUCCCCUCCCGGUCUCAACCUAUUCUCUCAGCAUCAAAUGGACCACAUGACAUCCGGCCUCGCUUCCCUGUCGGCGAUGCAGUCACUGGGAGGAUUUCACAGUAUGGCGGCUGCGGCUGCUGCAGGGAUUCCUCACCAUCAUUUAAUGGCGGCGGCUGCGGCCGGUGGCGUUUCGUCACUGCGAGGAGGAGGAGGUGGGAGCGAGGUGGACGGACAGACGGAUCUCAGUCUAAGCAGCAGUGGUCAUCAUUUGGGCGCUCCCGUGUCCUCUCUGGGGGUCCAUCACGAAUACCACCAUUUGUGACAGUUCUUUGAGUAACAGAUCUUAUCCACCCUGUGAAAUCCAACUCUUUGUUUAUUAACCAAACUCUGAGACUUGUCUCAUUCAUAUAAAAUAACUCGUGCUCUUUGUCCCCAACCAACUUGGCAUUCUACUCUGGUUCAUGGCGCAAGACACGCUGCAUGUUGGCCACGAAUCUCAAAAUCUUUACACUCGCGAUAUUUUAUUUCCUGUGACACGAAACUUAUCCACCAUUACUCAUUUCGGGGUUAGUAAUCCUCCAUUUAGAUAAGAGCAAGAUAUAUGGUAGGUACAAUAAGUGGGAGAUCAUCAGUUAUAGCGGACUGAUUACUACGCAUACCUACUCUCUCUCAUUCAUUCAUUCAAUAACCUCUACAAGCAGAAUUAAAAUAUAAUCCAAUUCGAUAUUCCUACACAUUCGUUCAAAAUCAUAAUCUCGUCAGUCACAUUUGGCACCGUGAGAAUAAAAGCACAUUAAAAUAAUACUUUGGCUGACGUGUUAAUCCAACACAAGUCUGGUGCAUAAUCCGAUCUAAUUUAUCAUCGAGAACAUUGUUUUUACAUCUUGACUAAAUACUUCUACUUAUAAAUCAGUAAUGUAAAUUAUUAAUUCUCCACAAAAAUUUCAAACUCUUAAACGAUACAUUUUUAGGAUAUAUCUAUAAAUACGAAUACUUGCAAGUUAUUGCGCAAUGCAAUUGAUAUCCGUCAGCCAUUCAGCAUUAAUACAUAAUUAGUUUUGCAUGGGAAAUGUCGUCGUGCAUACCAAAUACAUGUUAUCGAGGGUAAUAUUGUACGAAAUGUGUGCAUCCUGCUGGUAGCUUCCUUAGGGCAAUUGCCAUCGUUUUCUCUUGUUGUAAUCUUAACAAAUCACGAUGCCCAACAUGUGACACAUAAUUAUUGGCGUUCGAUUGGGCGAGGAAUGACGUACAUGCCCAGAUACAUCCUAUACCAGUUACAUACAUGCAGUCAUAAUUCCUUUGCACACUGACUUACUCAUGAUGAUAUAUAUUAUAAUAAUUCGUAUUUCGAAAUUUAAAAAAUGCAUGCCAUAAACAGAAUAAAAUCUAAAUAGGCCCCUAACAAUAAGCAUUAGACAUCAUACGAGGCGAGAAUUCCUGCUUUAUCUCGGAAACAAAUUUCACAAUCAUUUCACCUUUUCUAAUUUCUCUCGCACGACAAAUCCCAGGUUGAAAAUAGCUUUAAAAGUUUCAGCACAUUUCCAAUUCUGAAAAAUACGAGCAUGCCUGCAUACAAUUCAGCGGUGUUUAUGAGGUCAUGCAAUUUUGUGAUAUUACUUUAAAGAGUACGACAGAUAAUUUUCGUGUGUGAAUGAUCAUGUGUAAAAUUUAUGUGCAGUUUUGAUUUUUAUUUAAUAUUUCUGGGUAUCGUAUGAUUAUGCUAGGAUAGGAAUAUUUAUAUGCAUCAUGUGAGGCAUUCACUGCGUAAAGAUAAUUGAUAUUUAAUCGAGAAAUGAUUAAUGUAAUGAUACACCAAGGUGCGCAGAGGGUGGACGUUUCCAUUGAAUUAUGACCGUUCCAUUUGAUUAAUUGCGAAUCAAUUACCAAUUUAUUUUGAAAUUUUAUGAUUUAAAUCUACUUUCCAGUAUUAUUAUUAUGAGUUGCAGUUGUACAUGCACAAAUUAUACCUUGUAAGUCGUAACAGUUCAUAUAGCGGUUCAUAUAUACACAGAUAUCUGUGCAUGUCAUGCAUAUGUGUAUGUAUGUAUUUCAAGUUUUGGGAGUAGAUUUUUGUACAGAUAUUCAACAGCAAAAAAUGCUAGUUUAUUAUGAUGCCCUGCACACCGACAGGAUAAAAAAAGAAGAGCAUAGCAGCAGGCCCGUUAACUAUAACUUAACCAUGUUCAGAUUUAGCCAUUUAAAGUUAUUCUAGUAAGUUGUGUCUUACAUGUGAUGAAAAAGUUAAUAUUUUGUUGUUUUGUAACAAGCUGAAUGUAUUUACGAGAUAUGUUUUAUUAUUUGAUAAUGUCAACAAUAAAAUCGUACAGAAUACUUGAAAUCA